ACUUGUGUUUUUAGAUGGAAAGCAAACUUUUGCAAAACACAGAUAGAAAUUGUGAAUUUGUCCAUUAUUGUUGAAGGUCAAGUUACAGAACUGAAAUUGAGGGUUAGCACCUUUACUCAGCCUUAUUAUUCACCGAUUAGCUUAAUCGGAUUUUAAUGAAAGUCACUUGGAAAUAUUAUUCACUAGGCUCGACUGAAAACCUAUCGAGACUUUACUGUAACGCGUGCGCGGAAAGCGUGCCAUCUAGCGACACAGUGUCCGAGUAACACCGUACUGAGCGAAUAUAUCCGAACAGUGUCGUUCCGCGGAAGAGAUGGUUCUUAUUUCCGCGAGUAGCCGCCAAGUCCGCGUCGCAUGACGAUUCCGCACGGGACGAAUGAACGUUUGCAUGCUGCAGUUAUGCGCUUCCAUUGUGAAAACAUAAGUGUUUUAUGGUGAUAAUAUGUCAAAACCAAACAUAAGGAAGAUAACGGCUGACCCUACGAAAUGUAAUACAGACUCUCGACGGCCGAGUGUGUUUGAGAGGUUGGGCACGAAACCAGCGACCGCCACCGCAGCCACAGCCCCUCAGAAUACAUCGGAUUAUUGUAGAAACUGGGCGCUCAACGGCAGUUGUUCGUACGGAAAGAGUUGCAAAUACGCAAACACACACACACUAAUAAGCCCAUCCAAACGUGCUAAGAAGGAUAAUGCAAUCGCAAGUACAGCUGGGCUUAUUGAGGAUCCUUUCAAACGGCUCACAUCGAAGAUCGUGAAGAAGGCGUCGCACAGCCCGGACUUAAAUAUAGAAGAGUGGAAUCAGACAGAUCUCGAAUACGAGGACGAAAAAGUAUUGGAGAGACGGCGACAACUGUUACAACGGGAAUUGGAGCUACAAAUGAAGAAGGACAAGGAGGUACAUGGCAAAGAAAAAGUGAGGCAAAAGAAGAAAGCAAUGAGCACCUCCUCCAGUUCACGCACCUCUAGUACAUCCAGCAGUAGCAGCAGCUCCAGCAGCGAAGACUCGUCCUCCACUUCGACGUCGGAUUCGCGAAAGAAAGUCAAGAAAAUCAAAACCAAGCGACAUCAUAGCGUCUCCACCGAUUACGACGAGGAUAAGGAGAGAAAAAGAAAGUUGAAGCUGAAGAGAUUGGGCGCGAAGAACGAGAAAACCGUGAGCAAGAAGAAGCGCAAGCUCGAGAGCGGUUCCGCGAAGAAGGACCCCGCCGCGCGGUCGAUCAAGAAGUAUGGCUCGUCUUCCUCCGUGUCCAGGAAGCAUUCCGCCUCGCUGCGCGCCAGGUCGCCCGCGAUGCAGCAAGGCUCCGUCGCGUCCACGACGACCGUGGUGUUGGGCUCGUCGGUGUCGGUGGCGCACCACACGUCAUCCUCGUCGUCCAACAAGAACCGGGAGAGGAACCGUAGUGAGUCGCCCAAGACGUUGAAGAACGCCCGGGAGAUGGACAAGGAGGAUGGCAGCAGGCACUACAAGAAGAUGCGCGACGAGUGCCUGUCCAAGGACGAGUGCCUGUCCAAGGACACGACGGCCAAGUGCAAGUCGACCUUCGACAAAGUGGCGAAGGAGCAGCAGGAGAAGAGCCGCACGAUCGAUGAGAAGCAGCAGCUCAAGUCGGACGACGGUCGGCUGAGGUCCAAGUGCAAGGAUAACGUCCGCUCGCGCACCCCGCCGCCGUCCAACAAGCACGCGAAGGAGAGCGCGUCGAAGAGCCGGCGCAGCCGCACGCCGGACAAGUCCUCGCGACCGAGAGGACGCGACCUCACCCCGGCGAAGAACCCCGAGAAGCAGGCCGGCGGCUCGUCGUCGGCUCGCGCGAGGGACGCGGAGAAGAAAGAUUCGCACAACAAGCGGGACAAGAGCAAGGAACGGGAGGAGUCGCGGAAGAGCGAGCAGCCGAACGCCGGCAAGCAGCAGGCGAAGCAGGCGGCGCCGAGCGACGACGGCUACCGCAGGAACGCGAGCAAGGACUUGGACGAGAAGACGCAGAAGAGCCGCGAACGUCGCGAGAAGGAGACCAGGGAGGAGCCACGCGGCGGCCACUCGACGAGGCUGGCUCGCGACAAGGACGAGUCGCAGGAGCGCUGUCGGGAGCGGCAGCGAGACCGCGACCGGGAGCGGGAUCGCGAAAGGGAUCGGGAGAGGGAUCGCGAGCGGGAGCGCGACCGAGAGCGCGACCGAGACCGGGAGAAGUCUAUGAAGUCGCGGGAGAGGGACGUGCCGGUCAUGUCGUCCACGUUGAGCUUGUCGGCGGACAAGAACUCGCGCUACGGCAGGAGCGUGAAGGACCGGCCGCUGAGCAAGGACGUGCCGCGCGAGCGCAGGAGCGAACGGGAGCGCUCGGAGACGAAGGCUCUCGCCGAACGAGAGAGGAGCUCGACGCAGCGUCUCGACGGCAGGUACGAACGGGGAGGGGUCGUGGAGAAGGACGCUCCGGGGCGCAAGUCGAGCGUGAACUCGCCGAGGGAUCGUUUCCCGCGGGAGUCGUCCCUGGACCGGGCGUCUCUGCACGACAAAGGCGCGGCAUCGUCGAGCGGUGUCCAAUCGACGGCUACGGUGCCGCCGGCUUCGUCGGCCGCGACAACCGGCGCGUCGUCCCGGGAUCAUCUGCUGGACAUGGUGGACGGCGGUCACUACGACAGCAGGCACCGGCGGUUCGGCGUGAGAUAUGAGCGCGGCCACGCGUCCGAACGGAAGGAUCGGAUCGAGCGUGUGCCGAGCAAGAUCGACCGGGUAGUGGAUCGUCGGGACGCCGGCAGUCCGCGGCGCGCCGUAGACGUGGAGCGAGGCUUCAACCGGAACUACGUAGGUAGGAUGUCGGAGCACUGGGACGAGCAGGAGGAGCCGUCGUCCGCCCACGUGGAGUACCGGGAUCACAUUCAUGAGGAGGACAGGAGGAAGACCGUGGACGGCAGGCGGUACGAGAGCCCCUUCGAGGAGAGGCGCGUCGCCCGCGACGAGAGGGCCCGUGAAUCCAGGUACGUCAUCCAGACCACGGAGCGAGCGACCUUCGACGACCACCGUCAUCAUCACCAUCAUCAUCGGCAUCCUCUCUACGCCGGCGACAAACUGAGAAGCGCCGGCACCGGCGUCAGAGACGAAGGCGUCUCCAACGACGACUGGGAAGCUCACCAUCGUGACGUGGAGCACGGUCGGGAGCGGGGUUACCCGACGACGGUAGAAUGGGACGAGAGGGAAUGGCGUACGAGAGCGUUGUGGGAAGGUAGGGACAGUCUUCCCCGCUCGGAGAUACACGAUGACGAGUGGAAUUCCCGAUACGAAGGUGCCAUCGCCGAUUGGAAAUCCAACGAUACACGAAAGUGGGAUAAUCAGAAUGUACAUGUGCGAUCGCAUUACAGAAACGAGCGGUCGAAAGACUUGGAACUCGGGGAGACCACGCAACAUGGUAAAAGGCGAUCGUACAAUCCUCCCGAAACAAGAGAGGAGCCAGCCAUUCACCCCUCCGCCAAGCAGGCCGCGAUCUAUGGCAGCAUGAAGGAGGAACCCAUCAACAAGAAGUUGAUGGAACUUGCCGAGGGUAAGCUGAGCACGACCAGAGAAAAAUCCACGGACAGUUUCCCGAAGAAGAACUCGCAGAAGGAGAAGCCCGAGAUGAAGGAACCCGUAGUGACGGAACCCAAGCGCGCCAUCGCCGACGAGUCCCUGCAAACUCUUCACACCGAGAGCGACCUGAGCGACAUCAGUGACGAUCCCGAUGAUAUAUUAGACAUGGAGGAAGACAGCGCGGAUGUAGAGGCUGGUAAAACCAGGACGAGCAAAAAAGCGCCAGACGCUGCGCACGUGCAGUCGACCGCGCAGGAGCUAGCUCAGCUGUCGCCGAAAGAAUCCGUGGAGGAAGCCAUUUUCAGCGCGAAAUCCAAGGAUAACGCUGAUACGGUGUCAUUGAGGAAUAUGGAGGACGACAAUAUGGAGACGAUGGACUUCGAGGAGAUUUCCGACGGCGAGUUAGAGGAAGACAUCAAGACGAGCGGCAAAGGUUUGGGCGACGCUUUGGGCGUCGACUGGGAGAGUCUCGUGAAAGAGACGCAAGCGAGGAGAACGGUUGCGUCCACUCAGGAUUCCGCGGAAAAUCGCUGGCAAUGCAAAGCUAUUUUCUACCGGAUCGGUGUGUCGAAGAAGUACGCGGGCGAGGAUUUCGUAAAGAAGCUUCUGAAGAAAUACGAGAAGAACGAUCACAGAGAGUGUCUGCUUGAUAAUAUCGCGCUGAUGCACACGGCAUUCGCGCGGAAUCGGCUGCUGCAAGAUUUAGGCAACGGCGCGAUGCAUUCUGUGGACGAUUCAUUGUACAGAAACAACACCGCGGGUUACGACGAGGACGUGGAUUACGAUUGGGAAACAUUGAAGCCGAGUAACACUUUGUACGAGGAGGCGAAGUGUUUAUUACAGCAAGUUGUAUAAAGAAAUAACAGAAUUUAAAUAUAUUAUAACAUCGUCGUGA